AUGGAGCCUGAAGGCGAUCAAAACCGACCAACCCUUCCCUCAAACGAAGGUAGCAGCAGCGGCCACAUCGAGUGUGACGUUUGCGCAAAACUUGGUCGCACCCUAGACUGCUGCAAGGGCCUGCGCGGUGGUCUCUGCCUCGACUGCGCAGAGAUAAGUCAGCUACUCAACCGUGAAAUCGAACAGCAAGCAUAUGAACAGGCCAACCUCCAAAUUGGAAAAAAUGACGGAGCCUGGCGCGUGCGCUGCGAUGAUCUCGAGGCAAGACUCAAGAGUGUCCAGGAUACGUUAUCGAAAAAUCUCGUACAACAAAAGAACGACCAUAUUGAGAGCCUGAAGAAACGGAAUGACGAGGCAGACGCAGAAGACGAGAGGCUCAAGAAGAUACUUGAAGAGCGAGAUGCAAAAUUCAAAGACCUGCAGAAGCAGUUAAGCGACGGGGAGCCACCACGGGGGUAUAGUUACAAGGAAUCAAAGAAGGGAGAGGAUGGAAACAAGAAGUGA